CCGCUGGUGCAGCAGCGCUGUGAGUAAGAGCGGAGAGCUGUGAGCUGUGAGCGGUGGGCGGCGGAGGAGGUGGAGGACAUUUUUCCGCUUCGCUUUGCUGGAUUACACGAGCCGCUGGAUAUUAAUGAGUCGCUCUGGAUAGAAGAGGCAUCCAGCUCUGUGCCAUGUCUUUAGAGAGCUCUUCAGACCUGGCCAACGAGAACACCUGUUUGCCCCCGUCACUGACCCUUGACCUGCGCUGCCCCCACAGCACUCUUUUAGACACAGAGUUAGGCAAAGCUAAAAGCUCCUGUACCUCCUCUCCCAAGAGCCGCCGUAUCUACGCCAGCACCACCCAGUCCCAGCUUCUCAACGGCAUCAUGGGCGGACUGGAUGAUGAAGCUUCCCUCCAGCACCGUGAGGAGGAGUGGGCCAGGAAUCAGGAAAACGAGCAGGGUCACCCUGUUCCAGGGAGCAAUGCCAAGUGGAUGAAGGAAGGCCAGAACCAGCUGCGCAAAGUAGCAGAGAAGCAGCAGGACCUAAACAGAAACCCGGACCAGAACCUUAACCUGGUCGAGAACGAAAAUGAAAACGAAAGCCCCGACAUGAACCCCAACCGAAACUCCACGCUUGGGGUGCAGGGGAGUGAUGUGGAGAAUAACAAGACCCUGGAGGUCCUAUGCUCUGACGUAGAUGUUAGGAACACCGCCAACGAACCCAUUCUGAUUGAUACCUCUGAGGCCCCCAUAGGCAAGGAACGAGAGAAUGAGAAUGAGGAGGAAGAGAAAGAAGAAGAGGAGAACUUCCCUCCUGGCAGUGGAGAGAAGGACACAGACUCCUCUGAGACACAGAGCUGCAGUGAGUCGAGGAAAGACAGUGAAGGCGGAGGGAGGAACACAUGCUUACUGUUCAGCAAGAAUGGAGCUAGUGAUGAGGACUCCAGCUGUAUGUCUCUGUCUCAGGGGAGCACUGCCAACAGCACCCCUGAUGGAGAUCCAGAGUCUUAUUGGGACCGCAGCGCGUUCGAGACCGACACAGACCUGCCAGCCGGUUGGAUGCGUGUGCGGGACACCUCUGGGACCUACUACUGGCACAUUCCUACAGGCACCACACAGUGGGAGCCACCUUCUCCCCUAGAGGAAGGUGCAGCCCCAGAGAGACCAUCCAGCACCUCACCUGCCAUUACCCCCUCUGAGGAGCCACAGAUUACAUGGAAUGGCGUGUCCCGUCAAAAUAGAUUCAAUGAUGAUCUGUGGAAGGAGGAGGAUGUAACUUCUGAUCAGAGUCUGAAGGAUUUUGAAGGGGCUACUCUGCGCUAUGCCUCUAUUAAUCUCAGCUGUUCCCAGUCAGAAGGAGAAGAGAAACCAAAUUCAUACAGCACCGAUGUCGAGGCCAAGUGCUUUGCUGUGCGAUCUCUGGGAUGGGUGGAGAUAUCAGAAGAGGAGAUGGCACCUGGAAAGAGCAGCAUUGCUGUGAAUAACUGUAUAAGACAGUUGUCUUACCACAAACACAACUUGCAUGACACUGUUGGGAUCUGGGGAGAGGGAAAGGACAUGCUCCUGGUGCUUGAGAAUGAAAUGCUGAAUCUGAUUGAUCCUCUGGGACAGACACUCCUCCACUCUCAGCCUAUCGUCAGCAUUCGCGUGUGGGGUGUUGGCAGGGACAACGGCAGGGACUUUGCGUAUGUGGCUCGAGACAAGCUGACCCACGUCCUGAAGUGUCACGUGUUCCGAUGUGACACUCCUGCCAAGAACAUUGCCACCAGCAUGCAUGACAUCUGUUCCAAGAUUAUGGCUCAGAGGAAGACCUCAAAGUCAAGUCUGAACAGACUCAACAUCGAUCCGUCCAAACUAGUGGAUCUCCCAUUCCAGGAGUUCCCAGCACCAAAGAAUGAGCUGGUACAGCGCUUCCAGGUGCGCUACCUUGGUAAUGUUGCAGUGGCAAAACCAGUAGGCAUGGACAUGGUGAAUGCUGCUUUGGAGACUGCCCUUGCUGCCAAAGAUCAGUGGACUUCAGUGACUGUGAAUGUGGCAUCUGCUACUCUUACUAUCCUUGUUUCAGAUACUGAGGAGGUUCUGUCCGAGUGUCGUGUUCGGUUCCUCUCGUUUAUGGGCGUGGGGAAAGAUGUCCGCACUUUUGCGUUCAUCAUGGCUGAAGGCCCUGGAGACUUUAUCUGCCACAUGUUCUGGUGCGAGCCCAACGCUGCCAGUUUGAGUGAGGCUGUGCAAGCUGCAUGUAUGCUGAGGUAUCAGAAGUGUCUGGACGCGAGACCCCCCAGCACCAUCUCAUGCCUGCCAGGCCCUCCUGCAGACUCGGUGGCUCGCAGGGUGGGCUCCAGUGUCAAGAAGGGUGUGCAGAGCCUGCUGGGCAGCUUCAAAAGAUCUGGAUCCCAGACGCCCUAAGAGAGAAUUCACCCCACCCACCUGUCUCCCCUCCUCCACCUGCCUGCUGCCUCUCUGCCAUUUCAAACGGAGGGCACUGCAGGCUUUCAUCAAACCUGGAACACACAUUUCACGUCUCCUGACCUCUUUUGAGGAGCUCAGGUUUUUCCCUUUAUCUCUGCAUUUCUGUGUUGGAUGAGUGAGUGAGCGAGAGAGAGAGAGAGAGAGGGAGAGAGAGUAAGGGGGAUGUGUGGAGGAAAAUACUAAAUUAUAGUGCAGGAUGUGACUGCACUGUGAGUUACACAAUACAACACUAAAGCAACACUAAUUCACUCACACACACAGACACACACAUUGGUGUAGAUGGGUAGUACUGCGUAUUCAGUAACGAUGAUUAUUACUAUUAAGCAGUUGUACAUCUUAAAAUGGUUGAGUGUUUUGAAUGUCUAAUGUAUGCGAAGUCUUUCACCAUGAAAACUGGACCAAAAUCGAUUACUGUAAUUGAUAGAUAGAUAGACAGAUUAGACAGAUGAGAGUAACACUACGUAUGCCGUUUAAGAACACUGAAACUAGCAACACGCAACACUAACGUUAAUGUAAAGUUGGGUACUAUUUAUUGUGUACUGUAACACACUGCUAUUGCCAUCGAUUUCCAUAGAUUUUCCCCCGUUUAUGAUGUCUGUAUAGACUGUAUAGAUGAGAUUUGAAGGGAAUUGAUCAUGAUGAUUCUCGACGUUCUCUGAUGUCGAGUGCAUGUUUCCGUUAACACCUGCGCUGUUCGUAGAUCACACUUUUUUUUUUUUUUUUUUCUUUCUAUACUGUAACAGACGGGUGUCGCAUCCUGUGAUUUUAAUUUAGCUCAGUCACUAAGCAGGGCCUGCUCUUGCUGUGUUUGUUUUACCUCUGCUGCAGACUGUCACUCUGAAUAUGAUCGAGUUUGAUCUGUACCUGACACACUACCUGAGUGGAAUUAUUUAAUCAGAUUUAUUUAUAUUCUUUCAUAAAAUAUGAAAUAGCAUUAAUGGAUCGUAGUCUUCCAAAAGGAAUUGUCUCGUUGUAGAGCUCCUGUAUGUUUUACAAGUCUAGACAGGCGUUAGUGACUUACAUUUAUGUUCUUUUGAAAUAGAAUCAGUAAUAUUUAAUUGAUUUAGGUUUGUGUGUUUUAAUUAGAGUUUUUAGUGAAAUAUUUUUUUGUUUGUUUUUUUUUUUUGUUUUUUUUAAGUUUCCCCGUUGGCGGGAAUUCUGUUUUAGACACAAUUGAGGUCUCACCACUAUGUGGUUUCUGGCAAAGGAGGAACUCGACUCUAAAUGUGGAUGAAUGUUGUUAAUUAAUUAAAGAAAGAAAGAAAAAGGAUCUCAAGCUUUUGCUUAGAAAUUUGAGUUAGCCUAGAUUUAAAAAGGAUAUUAAAAUGACUCAUAUUAUAAAACUACACUUUCACAUAUUUGAGCAUGCUUCUGCUCUCUGCUACUGCGGCGAUGCACAGCUAGAGGGCGCUGUCUGCGUACUUUAUUUCCCCCUUUUUCAUGCGUCUGACUGUGGGAUUGUACAGCACGACGGGUCCAUGGUUAAAUGGCUUCUUUGUGACUCGUCAUGUGUGAUUUAAUUUUUUUUAUUUUUUUGUUUUUUAGAACAAAAAAAACGAAGGAUUUUUUGACACUUCAGAGAGCCGUGUGUCACUGAUUGUCUUGUACAUGCACAUUGUAAUAUACUGCACCAUGUGUUGCCUCAUAGUUAAUAGGCUAUAAUAAAAACGUUAACAGCCAUUUACAAAUAUCAUCAUGCUCUACGAUUAUUCACUAAAUGUUACUGUAUAUAUUGAAACUAAUAAUAUAGUAAUAGUAGCAGAAUGUACCCCUAUCCAGUAGCAGAAUUGCUUUUUUAAAUGCAUUUAAAAGAACACUUUUUAAAAUGCAUAUAUAGAUAUAUUUUUUUUUCUUUUCAGUUUGUGUUUACUGUACUCCUCCCUGAAAUAGAUUUAAACACGCCCACCCUCACUGUUUCAGUUUACACUCCAGCUGCCAUGUGGAAGAGCCUUAGCUUGUAGCUCUAAAGCUGCUAAAGUGAGAAAUCUAGAACUGACUGAACUCGACUGAAGCCUAAAAUGAAUGGAAAUGAAUGGAUUAAAAGUUGUUCGGAACUGGAUUUAUGUCUUGUUUUUUUUUUUUUUUUUUUUUUUUUUUUUAUAAUCACCUUGUUAUCCCAGAGUAACUCACGCUGCAUUUGCUCUACUAAACAGAAUCUGUGUAUGUGGUUGUGUCUCACAGCAUUUCAUGUAUAUAAUGUAAGGAUCUUCGUUGAAAAUGCACUCUAAAGACUGUAGAUCUAGAUCACUCUGUGUGAUGAACAAAAAAAUAAAUAAAAGAGAAACGGAGGUUGUUAACAACAUGGAAUAAUAUCUGUGUAUUGUAUCUUGUAAAAGGAAUGUCAAUGUUUUUUAGGUGCUUGUAAUCCAUCCAGUUUAGGAAAAUAUCAUCUUAUCUCGCCUAAAGGAACACACUGAGGAAUGAACGAGCGCACACAGAUGACAUCAUAACCAGCCUGCCUAUCGACGACUUCUUCAUAUUCCUCUAUGCAUAAUCAAACCAUGUAGUUUUAUGAUUAGGAGGUACUUGCUAGGGCAUUUUCAUAUCUGUAAUAAUAUGCAGAUAUUAUUCAAAUGCUCCUGUUGGUCCUCCCUGGUGUGUUUCCCUAGACUGUAAGAAUGCUUCUUCUUCUUUUUUUUUAUUUUAUUUUUUUUUAACUGCCGGGUGUGGUGCAAGAGAUUGCUUUUAUUUCUUUUUUUUUUUAUGAUAAUUGUUAUUGCUUGUUUUGGAUUACUUUCUAAAAUGUACAUUAGGUGUUAUGUAUUUGUAUAUACAUGUAUAUUAAUAUGAUGUGUCACUGGGCAAAAUAAAACGUUAAUGUCCGUU